AUGGCCAAUUUGCGACGAGAGCUCGACCCGAGCUUUGAGCUCCUCUUCGUAGACGGGCCAUUCGCGUCGGAAAGAGGACCAGGCGUGUCGAGAUACCAUCCCGGUCCAUACUGUUCUCACACGCAGGGCUAUUCUCCCGCCGACAUGGCGCAAGCGGUUGCUCAUCUGGAGGAAACUCUCCAAUUCCAAGGCCCCAUCGACGGCAUCUUCGGGUUCAGUCAGGGCUCAGCCUUGACACUGGCAUACUUGUAUCAGCAGCAAGUGGCUGGCGAGCUCGUGCCCGUCAAGUUUGCCUGUCUCUUUUCAGCCGCGAUGCCAUGUAGCCCUGACCACAGUCUGGGGGCCAGCGUCAUUUCGAAUUUGCGCGCCAAAGAAUACGACAUUUCGGAUCCAACAGGUCGCCACGCAGAAUCGCUCACGAGACAGGAACAAGAGCUCGUAGACAUUCUACAGCGGACAAUUGUCCACGCUACCUCCCAAGACUUCAAGUUUCCCUGGACGAACCUGGACAUGUACCGCCGGGAAGAGCUGCACGCGAUUCCUCGAAUUAUGUACCCGUCCGUCCAGGCACAGAAGAUCCAGACUCCGACUGUUCACGUGUGGGGCCGGAAUGACUUUGACUUUUUGAUCCAAAUGGCUGAGCUGUCGCGCAGCACUUGUGAUGAUUCCAUGUCAAGGACAGUUGUGCACAGUGGGCUGCACGACCUGCCAAAGAGACAGACCGAAAUCAAGGCUGUACUUCGGAGUAUCGACUGGGCUAUGGCGCAGGCAUUUUUCUAG